AUGAGUGAUAUAACUGUUCAAGUGACAUCAGCAUUGACAAAUUCUGAGAGAAGAGUCUCCACAAAUUGGACCUUAAAAUAUUUCAAACAAAGAUUAGAAACUAUAACAGGUAUUCCACCAGAAGAUCAACAAUUACUUCUAUUCAUCAACACAUUUUCGACUGAUGGUAAAGAAAUCAAAGGAUCUCAAGGUCAAACUGAUGAUUCAACUACACUUGAUCAAUUUCAAUUCCAAGCACAUUCAAGAAUACAAGUGAACGAUACAAGACCUGAAUCUGAACUUAAUGACUUAAACAACGAGGAAGGUGGUCAAUUUUUUGAAUUGAAAGACGAAGAUUAUGAAAAAAGAUCAGACUCUAUAAGAAGAUGGAAACAAGACAAUAAAUUAGGUAGAUUUGACCCAGCUUUUGAAGCUAAAAAAGAAGAAAUUCGUCAAUCAAAUGAAUCAAAGGCUAAAGAAUUGAAGGAAGGCUCAAGAUUUCGUACAGUCAAUGAUAAAGAUGGGGAAAGAAGAGGUGUUAUAAGGUAUGUUGGUAAAGUUCCUGAAAUUGAUCCAGACUCUAUAUGGGUUGGGGUUCAAUUUGACGAACCAGUUGGGAAAAACAAUGGUUCCAUAAAAGGAGUGUCAUAUUUCACUGCUAAUCAAAAUUAUGGGGGAUUCUUGAGACCUGUACAAAUUGAACAAGGUGACUUUCCUGAAAAAUCCUUAUUUAGCGAUGAUGACGAUGAUGAAAUAUAA